AAUACUGUUCAGGAAACUCAUGGAUUUGUGGGAGCUGAUUUAAGUGCACUGUACGGCACCGCAACACUUGCAGCACAGGAGCGGAACGGAGUUCUCAAUAUGUCUGAUAUGAGGGGUGCUCGGAGUCAAAUUAAACCAAGUGCAAUGCGAGAGGUUCAGGUUGAGAUUCCUUCAGUAUCCUGGUCAGACAUCGGAGGGUUAGAGGAUUUAAAGCUAAAGCUGAACCAGGCCGUGGAUUGGCCGAUUAAACACCCUGAAGUGUUCCUGAGAAUGGGUAUUAAGCCCCCUAAAGGGGUUCUCAUGUACGGUCCACCAGGUUGUAGUAAGACUAUGAUAGCAAAGGCUCUGGCGAAUGAAAGUGGGCUUAAUUUCCUUUCAAUCAAAGGUCCUGAAUUGUUCAGUAAAUGGGUUGGAGAGAGCGAGAAAGCCGUGAGAGACUUAUUUCGUCGAGCCCGAGCUGUUGCUCCCUCCAUUGUGUUCUUUGAUGAAAUAGAUGCUCUGGGAGCUUCUAGAGGUGAGGGAGGAUCCAAGGUCGGUGAAAGAGUUCUAGCUCAGCUUCUCACCGAGAUGGACGGGGUUGAGAGCUUAGUCGGAGUCACUGUGCUCGCUGCCACCAACCGACCGGACAUGAUGGAUCGAGCGCUUCUCCGUCCUGGAAGGUUGGACCGGGUUGUUUACGUUCCUCUCCCAGACCUAGAGACAAGGAAACAUAUCUUGAGAAUCCAUACAAGAAAAAUGCCAGUUAAAGAUUUAAACCUGGAUCGUAUAGCGGAGAUUACCUCUGGAUACAGCGGAGCAGAGCUGGCUGCCCUCUGUAAUGAAUCAGCCCUGGCUGCUCUGGAGGAAUCCUCCCUCUCCGAUACUGUGACGGAGAAACAUUUUGAGAAAGGACUUCAAACCGUUAAACCUAGAAUACAAAAAGAGUUCCUUAGAAUAUAUGAUGAGUUCCAGAAAGAUCAUGAUAAAACUUAAUUUUUCAGAA